AUGAAAAAUAUGCGAGAACCCCUGCAAGACAGGCAAACUCGGGGUGCCGCUGGGCCAGGCCAAGUCUUCCCCAGUCCAGGCUGCCCCCUCCUGGCCCGCGCGCCCGAGUCCUGGAAGAGGGAGGAAAGUUACCGCGUCGCCGCCGUCCCGGCUGCUCGCCGGCCCCAGGCUCGCCCUCUGCAGGGGGCCGAGAAGCCGCCGCGAGCGCCCUCCCGAGGCGCCGGGCCCCGAGCGCCGGAGGGGGCCCCCAGCGCCCCGGAAGUUUGCGGGUUCACUCCCCCACGGCGCCCCGCGGGACGCGCGCCCCGGCCCCGCCGACGGCGGCGGCUAGGGGGCCCCGCGCAGAGGGCCCCGGCGACGGGGAGGCCAGAGCGCAGAAAUCGCUGUCCAGCCCCAUUGGCAGAACCGCCCGAGCCCCAGGCUGACUCAACCCUCCCGGCCGCACUCAACGGCGCCUUCCGGCGAAAGGGAGAGGCCGCAGAGGGAGGGGGCGGGAGGACCGCCGGCAGGCAAGGAGCUGCGGCGGGAUCUGGAGCAGGAGGAGCACGAGAGGAAGUUUCAGAACUAGGGCCCCAAGCAGCUCCGCUCCUGGCCUCAGGACAAGACUCCCAGGGACGCCCGGGCCCGCGCGGAGACGACGGCUCGGCCUCAACUGGGGAGGGGGUCCCGGCGCCGCACCGCUCCCCUCCGACGCCCCCGGCCCAGCCCCCGGCCCGCGACGGUGUAACCCGAUCCCGCUCAGCCGCCAGUCCCCGCCCGACGCGGCCGCCACCGCCGGAGCCACAGUAUCUGCAAAUCAGCCCUGGACAGCGCCUCGCUCCGCGUCCUUCCGCGCCCUCCCCCUCCCGCGGCAACCGCCGCCACGACCGCCCGGCUGGCCCGCCGCCCCCACCCGACCGUCUCCCAGACCGCGCCACGCUUACCGGCCUUCCUGGGCGAGGAUAG